CAACAAACGUGGAAGCAUCUAGCCACCCUGUCAAUAUCUCGCUACGAUUCAAAUUGUUUGCAAUUGUGCAAUUUGUUAGCUUGAUCUUGGAAAACGCAAUUUGGUAGUUGCUUUCCUGUAAGAUACCUAGCCAUAACGCAAUGGUUUCUUCCUUCUAUCAACAUCUCAAUGUCAUGAAAUCCGAAAUCCGGCUUCUCGAGAUUUUACAGAAUACCAGCAAUGAUGCGGCAUACAGGCUCAGCACUGUCUCUCUUGAUGACUCCCCCAAUUUCACAGCAUUAUCUUAUGUCUGGGGCGAUGCAGCUGUCACGGAUGACAUUGUGGUCAAUGAUGCCACGGUACCAGUAACGGUCAACCUCUCAUCGGCACUCAAGCACGUCAGCAAGCAUUGGCAAAAAACAUUCCAAGAUCGCAAUUCGAAUUCCUUCCGGCUCUGGGUUGACGCUCUCUGUAUUAAUCAGCUCGACAUCCAGGAGCGAAACGAACAAGUACUGCUUAUGCGCUCGAUCUAUACUUCUGCGGAAUUAGUCCUAGGAUGGCUUGGACCGGAAGACGAAAAAGUUCCCUUAGCUCUGGAGACGCUGCAAAUGCUUGAGCCGGAGUUUGGCGACCCCCAGGAUCCUACAUGGGACAUUAACAAGCUAUGUGACUUUGCUUGGCUUAAUAAAUAUCCCGGUCUCAAUGAAGAUGACCCACCUUUAGUCCACUCCCUGACUGAAGACAAGAUCUGGUCAGCUCUGGCCGAGAACAAGGUGUGGUCAGCUCUGGACUUGUUUUGCCAUCUGCCCUACUGGAAACGAGUGUGGAUAGUCCAAGAAAUGGUCCUCGCAAAAAGGCUUCUCUUCAUUAGCCCAUCCACAUCUGCCAGCCUAGAAACUUUCGGAGUUGUUUGUUCGGUCUUGUUACUUAUCACCCAAGAGCUCAACAAAGGUCAUUUGUCUCGGCCACAUUUUGUCUCUCGGUCAACAUGGUCGGUCCUUUCAUUACCCAAUGGCCUUCAGAGUAAAUAUGCUCCGAUUGCGUUAAGCACCAUGUGCAGAACCAUGUUUAUAUCCAGAAAAACGGCUACUUUGGAAGGAUGUCGAAUCAUGAACACAAUGUUUGCUAGAGCUGGUGCUAUACGCGGGGCUUCCAAUCCGAAGGAUCAUGUCUAUGGCACUCUUGGACUCAGUUCGCUACAUAUUGUACCCGACUAUAGCAGCGACAAAUCGGUGGGAGAUGUAUAUGCUGAAUAUGUAUCUGCUGUCAUGGAAGGAGAUAGAGAAUCAGGUCUCUUUUUCUUAUCUGAGGCUGGUAUUGGGCUAUUUGAAAAUGAUCUCAAACUACCAUCCUGGGUUCCAAACUAUCCAGAAAUCUCCCAAGGCACUCCAUCAUGGAGGUAUUCUGGCAAUGCCUCUUUUGGAACUUUUGGAUCAGAUGUGCCCGUAACAAGAAUAUCAGGACGGAUAUUAUCGGUCGCGGGUGUCCAUAUGCAAACCAUAUCGCGACUAGGGGUAUCUCCAACUGUCGAGGGCUUGACUGAUAAACAACUUCUUUCUUUCAUCAGAGAUUUCACUUCCAGGCAUCUGAAAUAUGCGACAGGGAUACCAGCACUACAGGCCAUCUAUCGUGUAUUCACUACAUCAAACACUUACGAGUUCAACGUACCAAACCUUCUCCAUACUUAUGCAUUUGUACAUUGCCUCUUUAACAAUGUGCUCAUGGAGCACGACGAUGUGGAAGAUAUUUGGAGGAAACUUGUAGCGUUCGGGCUUCCACAUUUGGGCCAGGAUGCUCAUUUUAACAUUUUGAAUACAUUUUUCUGGCACAAUGAUAUUGGACCAGACGAAAUUGAAUCCACAUCUGCUAGGAUUGGGAUCCCUGAUUCAAGAGAAUUAUUCCUGGAGGAAAUAUCAAAUGCGAAAACACAGCUGUCUAGAGACCUGAGCGCGAAUACAGAUCGACGGCUUUUCGAGACUGAUAGUGGCUAUCUAGGUCUAGCACCAGAGAAAGCAGCAGAAGGAGAUCUGGUGUGUAUACUCAACGGCUGCGAAAUGGUAGCCCUCCUACGAAAACACGGCAACAAUUAUCUAUUUGUUGGCCUAUGUUUCGUUUUGGGUUUAAUGGAUGGAGAGGCUAGGGCGUAUCUUGACGCCGGCCGAACAAAGGUCAAAAUAUUUGACAUUAAGUAAACUUCAUGAACGCUUCGUAAUCUUUGAAUUGGACGGGUUGGGCAGUGGUGUGUUUAAAAGUUUCAUGUGUGUCCAGUCAUGUGCAUUUACGAGAUGUCCUCCUUAAGUCUAUGAGGCUGCAAUAUAACCGCAUAGAUAGGAGGAUAACUAAAACUUCCUGAAGUAUGGAGCAAAUUAAUUCAAAUACAUGC